AUGGAUGACUCUCCACCAUACAUUGGUCAACGCCGGUCAUAUGCGGCGGCGCUUUGUACAGUUCGUUAUCAUGGGCCUCUAUCAGGUACUAAAGGCGCCUGGCUAGGGGUAGAAUGGGACGACCCAUCAAGAGGGAAGCAUGAUGGCAAGCACAACGACCAAAGAAUAUUUGACUGUUUGUCUUCGUCACCGACUGCCGCAUCCUUUGUGAGACCUAGCAGAAAGCCCGAUCCAGAGAGGACUUUGCUUGAGGCUAUCAGAUUCAAAUAUGGAAUGUCUAAGACAGACCCUCGGACAGAAUCUGCAGAAACUGAAACAACUCCGAUCGCCAUUUCGGGGAAAGUGGUCGAGGAGGUUGGCUUUGAAAAGAUCCAAAAGCAACUCUCGGUGCUUGGCGAUCUUCGAAUCGUCCUGGUAGAUGAAUUGAUAGUCUCCGGGGUUGCCAGACGAGAUGCCACGACGCAAGAAGUGGAGGACGCUCAGGAAGAACUGAGCAAAACGUGUCCCAGUCUCAUCGAGUUGGACGUGGGAUGGAAUACCAUCGAGAACUGGCAGGAUGUGGCUGACAUGAGUUUACCCUUUAAGAAGCUGAAGAUCCUCAAAGCGAGCGGCCUUCGACUCCAUAACUAUCAACGAGAACGAUUUGCGAAGAAAGAUCGAUCUUUUCAGAAUGUGGAAGAACUACAUUUGAGUGAAUGUCUCCUUAAGCCAGAGCAAGUCAUCCAAAUCCUCUCUCCAUCAGCCGCAGUCGCAUUUCCCGCUUUAAGAACCUUGCGACUUGCAAGCAAUGCUUUCGACUCUUUCACACUUGUCGCGAGGCAGGACUUUCCCACUAUUACGACGAUAGUCUUUGACAACAACAAUUUUAAAAACCUUGCAGAUUUGCUAGUCAUCUUUGCCCUCUUCCCGAAUACCAGUUCUUUGUCAUUCCAAGGGAAUUCAAUAUUUCAAAUCGGGCUCAAUACAGUCGCUGGCGGCAAACUACCGGUGUUCGAGAAGCUUGAAAGCUUGAAUCUCACAGGAAACCAUGUCCAAAAUUACAACUUUAUCAACACUCUGCCGACAAUAUUUCCCAACCUCAAGUCCCUUCGCAUAUCACGAAACCCUCUGUACGAGACUGUGGCAGAGCAAGACCCACAGAAGCAACAUCUAGAUAGUGGCAAACAAGCCCAACCACAGCGAGGGCCCCAAUCGGCUGGCGCCCAGUCCGACUCGAUAUCCUAUUAUCUCACGCUGGCCAGAAUCCCGAAAUUAGAGUCCCUGAACCACACGACGAUAACCACCCGUGAAAGAGAAGAAGGCGAAAUUUAUUACCUGUCUACCGUCGAGAAGGAGAUUUCUGCAUCGCUAGAUACUUCCAGUGAGUAUGACGAAGGGUCAGAUAUUCGCCCGUCCAAUGGAGCUUCUUCCACAAUAGGCAAGCUGGUCGACUCCAUUCGGCUCCGACAUCCUCUCUACGCCAAUCUUUGCAUCAAAUAUGACAGGGAUGAUCUACUCGACCGCGCCAUACGACUUUCACAAGCCAAUGAGACAGCUGAAGCGACCGACCCAGGAGCGGAAAUAAGUGGCGGUGUCAAGACCAAGAUUCAGACAUACGCACCGGGAACGCUUGGCGCGAGGCUCGUCGACGCCUUCUUCUACGUCCCGCCCACGAAAACAGGCAGCUCUUCAGGAGAUGAAAGUUCAACUCCAACAUUACACUUCAACCGCGCCCUUCCCACCACGAUCUCAGUCUAUCGCUUAAAGUCGCUCGUGGCCAGAGCCUUCUCCCUUCCCCCACUGCAGUUCAAACUAGUCUACGAGUCUCACGAGUACGAUCCGGUAGAGCCAAUAUCUCGGAACACGGGUGCCAACAACGACGUUGCCGGAGGUAAAGGCCAACGCGACGACAAGCAGGAGUGGGAUGCCUGGGGUGACUGGGAUGUCGAUUCGAGCGAGCCUGCUUCUAGUAGCGAUGGCGGGGAAGACGUUGCAGUAGAAGUAGCCGCAAUGGAUUCAGUCUCGGAGGAUGCUGGAGGACCUAGCCAGCAGCCAUUGUAUGUCGUUAGAGAUGGGCAGAGGUUCAAAAAACGUGAGGCGGAGAUCCUCGAUGGGAUGCGGCCGUGGGGGGAUUUCUUGGAUUUGGAUGGAAGUCCUUGGAGUGCUUUGGGCACGGCAGCGGGAGGAACAGGGAAAUAUCUGAGGGGGGUGAGAGUACGUGUGGAGCCAUCUACGAAACAGUAA